AUGUCGAGGCUUGCACGCACAUCAACAACGGCAGGACCGCUCGCGGCGGCAGCAAGGUCCCUUUCGAAGGCCGGCUCCUCCCGCACACCUGCAGCAGGUCCACCGGCGUCUCCACGAUCUUUCAGACAUGGACUGACGGCAGCAUCGACUCAAGCGACGCGGAAUGCGGUGGCAGGACCUUCUCGGCUUCUCCCUCGAGAGCACUUCACGGCAUCUUCUGCGUCCAAGGCAGGCCCACAUCGUGCACUGGCCACGGCCGCUCCUACAUCGCCAUACUCGCACAACAUCGACUCUGACAUUGUGGUCGUCGGAGGAGGCGUCGUCGGUCUCGGUCUAGCAUGCGAUCUCGUUGCUUCAGGAGCUGUAAGCUCACCGGGCCUUUCGAACGCCCACCCAAUCACCCUUAUCGAAGCUUCCGAUUUGAGUCGCCUCAGAACGUGGUCUGCCGAUCGCGCAAAGCAUCUCUCACAGAGCCAGGCAUUCUCGUCCGCCACGACAUCCUCGGCUGACGGUCUCGACUGGGAGAACCGCGUCAUCUCACUUACAUCUGAAAACCUCAACUGGCUCAAACGUAUCGGCGUCUACCCGUAUCUGGUGGAACACCGCCUUCGCCCCGUCAACUCGAUGCGCGUCUGGGACGGUCUCUCUGGCGCUCUCCUCGACUUUGACUCAUCUGACCUUUCCGAUGCUGCAGGUUCAUCUUCCCAAAUCAGCGUCAUGGUCGAGAUCAGCAAUCUCCAGCAAGCUAUGCUGCAAUACCUCGAGCACGGACCCGGCAAAGACAUCUGCAGCAUCCAGGACAGCGCCAAAGUCGAAUCCAUCCUUGCCGCCUCCAAGACGGAAGCAGACAGCGCUUCUGCCGAACAGGAUCCUUGGCCUGUCGUGCAGCUUUCGACAGGCGACGCAAUUCAGACGAGGCUGCUCGUGGGUGCGGACGGACCCAACUCUCCUGUUCGCAAAUACGCAGGCAUCGGCGACUAUGGCUGGCCGUACGACCGACGAGGCCUGGUUGGCACCUUGCGGUGUCGCGGCAUCGAAGAUGGUGAGCCACCGGUGAGCUUCACAGCCUACCAACGCUUCUUGCCUAGCGGCACGAUCGCUUUCCUCCCACUGUCCGACUCGACAGGGUCGUUGGUGUGGACGCUCGAGCCCGAAGUCGCCGCUGCGUUGACCCUGCUCCACCGCGAGACGGCCGGAUCUGCUGACGAGCCACUCGCCAAGCUGAUCGACGCAGCAUUCCGUCUGCCCUGGUCGUACAUCGAGCGGCUGUUCGAGCGCGUGGUGCAGUACACCAAGCAUCCUACUCCGGACAACGUUCAGCGCAAUUGGUCUUGGCUCGACGCAGAGAUCCCAACAGCAGCCGAAUGGGUCGAGCGUGGGCUAGGCGAGCCUCUACCCGAGAGCGGCACCGGUGAAGUGCCACCCAAGGUGCUCUCACUGAAUGCAAAGAGCGUCGCCAGCUUCCCACUCAACCUCAAGCAUGCAGAUGCAUACAUUGGCGCGUCGCUCAAUAGCUCUUCGCUCUUGCCGUCCGGCUUGCUCGCCGGUGCCAUGGCCGCUGUCGGUCUCGCACCGGAGGGAGCUGGGCAGGGGGCUGGCCGUGGACGCACUGUUCUCGUCGGCGAUGCUGCGCAUACCAUCCACCCGCUCGCGGGACAAGGUCUCAACUUGGGCAUCGCCGACGUUCGCUCGCUUUCGCGCACAUUGCGAUCAGCGUUGGGGGCAGGUGCCGACCUCGGCUCGUACAAUGCACUGAAGGGCUAUGCGAGGGACAGAUACUGGGAGAACCAAAAGAUGCUCUCCGCUGUAGACCACCUGCAUUGGCUCUAUGCUGGUACACCUGUGCCACUGAGCCAGCAGGCGGAUGGCGGGAAGCAGCAAAGAGAGAGGGAUGGACUGGUCAAGACGGCAGCCAAGGAAGUGGUCGGCAGAGGUGUGGUCUGGGCCAGGAGCACGGGGUUGGAGGUCAUCAACGAGCUUGGCUUUGUCAAGAACGCGUUUAUGCGUCAAGCAGGUUCCACCACCACUCGCAGUAGUGCGCCGUGGCCUACAUCGCGAUCCUUUUCCACCACCCCUCGGCGAGGCCUGCACACUGCAUCGCGACCUCGCGCUUUGCCGGUAUCCGCCGUCUUCCAGCAGAUCCGUCAGCACUCCUCCCACUCUACGGGCCCGCUGGCAUCCGACGCCUACACCAGUCCCUCGGCCACCUCCGACUCGGCAGCGACCACGUCCACUCCCUCGCUCGCCUCUCUCACGCCAUCCCAGGUUCGGGCGCUCCGGGACAUGCUUCGCGUCGACCACUCUGGCGAGAUCGCGGCCAACACGAUUUACCAAGGUCAAGCAGACAUGUUCGGAGCGCUUGGUGACGUCAAGAAUCGCGAUUUGUCGAAAGAAAUGUGGCAGACCGAGAAGAAGCAUCUCGAGGUGAUGCGUGCGUUGUUGCGACAGCACAAUGUUCGACCAUCGGCGCUGCUGCCCGUAUGGUCCGUGGCGGGGCGCGUGCUCGGCGGUGUCACCGCGCUGCUGGGCCCACGGAGCGCCAUGGCCUGCACCGAGGCCGUCGAAAGCGUCAUCGGCGAACACUACGAUGAUCAGUUGAAGGAGUUGAAGACGAUUCUGGAGAAGGAGGACGUGCAUCCGAGUUUGCCGUUGCUGAGCGAUAUCAUACGGGAGUUCAGGGAUGAUGAACUGGAACAUCUGGAUACUGCGGUGGAGCACGAGAGCCAGCAGGCGGCAGGGCAUGCCUUGUUGUCGGCGGUUAUUGCGGCCGGGUGCAGAGGCGCUAUCUGGGUCGCUUCCCGUGUGUAG